AUGAGUGUACUGGACACAGCCAUUGAUGCAAGUAACAUUGAUGCCUCACAGUUCCACACUCCACAGGUUGAUUUAGAGCUCUGGUUACUAUCUGGUGGAGCCUCUCAUGUUCUGCCCAUGUCUCAAUGGGUUCUUUUCUGGGUUCUCUGCAUUCCUCCCAUCUUCCAAGGCAUGUGGAUUGUUGACACAAAAUUGCCCCUAGUGAAAAGCAGUUAUGUGUUCUGCCCAGAUACAAAUGUCCUCAACGCAGAUCAUCUUCUGAUAGAUUGUCUGGGUGAGCGGUUCAACUGGCUUUAUUCAGUGUUUGAUAAUUUGCCAUCUUUGGUGGAGUUUGCGAUGUGGAUGCACUGUGAGACUGGUGUAUGUCCAACUGAUCUUGAAGGCCACAGACACUACUGCAGUUACAUAAGCAUCCAGAACAGAACACACACUCGAACACCCAGCGAUACACUCGACUGGUUAACACUCUGGGUAAUGAGUCAAUUAAACUCACACAAUUGUGUGUGUGUGUGUAGGUGCUGUUUUGACCAUCAUAGAUGCUAUCGCGAACUAGAAGAAAUAUAUUGCAGAAAGACUCCACCAGCACACACCAAUUACACCUGCUCCCAUCUCACCAACAACAGCUGUGAUUCACGUGACAUGUGUGAACAAGGAUUCUGUCUGUGUGACCGAGAAGCCAUAGCCUGCAUUGGCAACAACUCCCACUUUGUCCUUCCAAAUCAGCAUGAGAAAAAGGAUUUCAACAGCCCAGGACUCACAGAAUGGAUGGAAGCAUCAACACAGAUUUCAGAUAUGGAUAUAAUGCUUGCAGAACUGGAUAUUACUCUGAAUGGAAGUAACUUCACUGAGGGUAACUAUAUGGGUAACUUCACUGAGGAUUUUUUACUGACAAACAACACUCUGAAAAACCAGAGCCACGGUGCAGGGCACUCUGGGAUACCGCCAACAGGGACGGAGAGUGAUCAAAUCCUGUUUCACCCAGAAACCAUGUCCCUGCCAGCCAAACUAAAGACUGAGGCUACACCGACUCCUACACAGCUGUCUCCUGAGGACAAUAGAGAUGAAAGCAAGGAAAAGAUAAGCAGUGAGGAUGAACAAAUAAGAAAAAGGCUGCAGGUCACCACCCCAAGCAAGAUCACUGAAGAUCAGGCCAAAUUGUUUGAGAUAAACACACUAGCUAACACACACACCACCACAAAGCAUCUCUCACAAGAUGAGGAGGUGACAGACACAGAGAGUCAGGAUGAAGAAGAACACAGUGAUGAAGACAAUCUGCAGACAAGUGCAGAAAUACCGGAUAGGAUUGCUGGUCACACAACUGCACUGAAUGACAUCACCAUCACUCCCAUGACCUCUCACCUCUUACUUAAAAAUCUUCUGCAACACAUAGAGGUCAAAGCUGACACCCAAUCACAAGCAACUUCAACAUUAUUCCCUAAAACAACAAAUAUGCCAAUAACACACCAAACAUCACCCAGACUCACCACACACACUUCACUUACUAGACCAUUCACACCAAGCACAUUGCAAACACAGACAACUUUCACAAAAUCAACACACACACCGUACACCUCACAUACACUACUUACGAAGCCCACAAGCACCCACAAAUCCUCAGUGACGCUUCACCAAAGCCCUAGCAGCAUAUGGAAAGUCCCAGUUACACACAACCACAAAACUGAGCCUCGCCCGCUACACAUGCCCAGGUUUCCUCACACGCCCAAACCCAAUACCACCUCGUCUUCAUCAACCACCCCUACAAAGGGCUAUUCUGAGGAAGAGGAGGAGGAGGUGGAGGAGGACGAGAAAUAUAAGGAGAUGAAGAGAGAGCUGUUGGACAGUUCCCAGGAGGCAGAGUCAAAAAAGCCUCUUCAGCAAGCAAAGCGAAUGAUGCCACUCUUCUCCUGGCCCCUGCUGGAGGCAGCAGGACUGUCUGAGAUUCUGCUAAACUCACAAUCAGGUGAGUGCAGCAUGACAUUUACCCAGUACAGCUCCACUGGAGCGGUAAUUAGGGAGUUUGCAGCGUUGGGGGAAAUGUUGUUCUGCUUAACCGGCCGCUGUCCUCAAGAGUAUGAACACUACGGCUGCUACUGUGGACAGCAGGGUAGUGGAAUUCCUCAAGACCACCUGGACCGGUGCUGUUUUCUUCAUCAGUGUUGUCUGGAGCAGCUCACAUUGCUGGGCUGCAGGAGAGAUAGGAAACUCAACAUUCACAUCAACUGCCACAAUGGCAAACCCCAAUGUCUGGGAGUAAGUGUAUGUGAUCGACUGCAGUGUGUGUGUGACCGCACCACGGCCAAGUGCAUGGCAGCAUCUCAUUUCAACCAUUCGGUCACCUCCAAGUGUUAUGGGCCCCGCCCCCUCUGCAUGCAUAGACCACGCCCACCACCACAACCCACCAAUGAUGACUCCAGCCAGGAGAGCUCAGAAACUGCCAAAUCAGAACUACAAACACACACAGGGCCUCAGCAAACACUCCACACACAUAGUACACCUGGAGGGGGUACUAGAGAGCAAGAGGGUGAGGAUGUAGGAAAACCAGAAGCAGAGGAGGACAAAGAAGAAGAGGAAGAGGGAAAUGAAGAAGAGGAAAGAGGAGGAGAAGAUGAAGAAAUCUAGAAAUCACAUCCUAAAGCAUAUAAACAGCUGUAAUACAGAGUAGUGCACAUCUAGUACACCAUGUUAACAAUAUUGUGCAAAUGAAACUAAACUAAAAUUCCAUACCUUCGAGGUGCAUUAAAAUGUUAUGGCACAGUAUAGAGUAAUUGUUGUUCUUCAGCAUGUUAUAUUUCCCUAUAUCAACAAGUCUCAUUGUAUUCUAGCUCAAUGGCAGAUAGUUAACAUGAGCCUCAGUUGAACACAAACUCCUACUUCAUGCAAGAUAAUCGGUAUUAUCUAGUG